AUGCCUCAAGAACCGGAUAACAAGCACAAGGCUAACCUGAAUGAUCCUUCAGGCGCCGAAAAACGUGAUGAGCUUGACACUUCGACCGCCAUCCUUAAGAAGAAGAAGAAGCCAAAUUCAUUGAUUGUCACUGAUGCCGUCAACGAUGACAACUCCGUCAUUGCACUCUCAAACAAUACUAUGGAGACUCUCCAGCUCUUCCGCGGUGAUACCGUUCUAGUCAAGGGCAAGAUGCGAAGAGACACCGUCUUGAUCGUACUUGCAGACGAUGAACUUGAUGAUGGCAGCGAAGCUUACACCGUCUGUGACCAGGCUAAACGCAUUGCCGUCCUACCCAUUGCCGAUACCGUCGAGGGUCUCACCGGCUCACUAUUUGACGUUUUCCUUGCCCCAUACUUCCGUGAAGCCUAUCGACCAGUCCGACAAGGCGACCUUUUCACUGUUCGUGGUGGUAUGAGACAAGUGGAGUUUAAGGUAGUAGAGGUUGACCCACCAGAGUAUGGAAUUGUCGCCCAAGACACUGUUAUUCACUGCGAGGGCGAACCAAUCCAGCGAGAAGACGAGGAGGGUAACCUCAACGAUGUUGGAUACGACGACAUUGGUGGUUGCCGAAAGCAGAUGGCUCAGAUCCGUGAACUCGUCGAGUUGCCGCUCCGUCACCCCCAGCUCUUCAAGUCCAUUGGUAUUAAACCUCCACGAGGUAUUCUUAUGUUCGGUCCCCCCGGUACCGGUAAGACCUUGAUGGCCCGUGCUGUUGCCAAUGAGACCGGUGCCUUCUUUUUCUUGAUUAACGGUCCCGAGAUCAUGUCGAAGAUGGCUGGUGAAUCCGAAUCGAAUUUGCGAAAGGCCUUCGAGGAAGCCGAGAAGAACUCCCCCGCUAUCAUUUUCAUCGAUGAGAUUGACUCUAUCGCCCCCAAGCGAGACAAGACCAACGGAGAAGUCGAACGCCGUGUUGUAUCACAGCUUUUGACCCUCAUGGACGGCAUGAAGGCUCGUUCCAACGUUGUUGUUAUGGCUGCCACUAACCGGCCUAACUCUAUCGACCCGGCUCUUCGACGUUUCGGCCGUUUCGACCGUGAAGUCGAUAUCGGUAUUCCUGACCCAACUGGCCGUCUUGAGAUUCUUCAAAUCCACACCAAGAACAUGAAACUUGGAGAGGAUGUUGAUCUCGAAUCCAUUGCUGCUGAAACUCACGGUUAUGUUGGUUCUGAUAUUGCAUCUCUAUGCUCUGAGGCAGCCAUGCAACAGAUUCGUGAAAAGAUGGACCUUAUUGAUCUCGACGAGGAUACCAUCGAUGCCGAGGUCCUUGACUCUCUUGGUGUCACUAUGGAGAACUUCCGCUUCGCCCUCGGUGUUUCCAACCCAUCUGCCCUUCGCGAAGUCGCUGUUGUCGAGGUUCCCAACGUCCGUUGGGACGAUAUCGGUGGUCUCGAGGAGGUCAAGCGCGAACUCAUCGAGAGCGUCCAAUACCCCGUCGACCAUCCCGAGAAGUUCCUCAAGUUCGGUCUUUCGCCAUCCAAGGGUGUCUUGUUCUAUGGACCCCCUGGUACUGGUAAGACCUUGCUUGCCAAGGCUGUUGCAAACGAGUGUGCUGCCAACUUCAUUUCUGUCAAGGGUCCUGAGCUGUUGAGUAUGUGGUUCGGUGAAUCUGAGAGCAACAUCCGAGACAUCUUCGACAAGGCCCGGGCUGCCGCUCCUUGUGUUGUCUUCCUUGAUGAACUGGACUCUAUUGCCAAGUCUCGAGGUGGUUCCCAAGGUGAUGCUGGUGGUGCGUCUGACCGUGUUGUUAACCAGCUCCUUACUGAGAUGGACGGAAUGACCUCCAAGAAGAACGUGUUCGUUAUUGGCGCCACUAACCGACCGGAACAACUUGACAACGCCUUGUGCCGUCCUGGUCGUCUCGACACCCUUGUCUAUGUCCCUCUACCAAACGAGCCGGAGCGAGCGGCUAUUCUCAAGGCCCAGCUCCGCAAAACUCCUGUCGCCAGUGAUGUCGACCUCGCCUUCAUUGCUUCCAAGACCCACGGCUUCUCCGGUGCCGAUCUCGGCUUCGUCACCCAACGUGCCGUCAAGCUGGCUAUUAAACAGUCCAUUGCUACUGCUAUCCAGCGAACCAAGGAGCGUGAGGCUGCAGGCGAUGACCGCAUGGAUGAGGACGUCGAUGACGAAGACCCCGUUCCUGAACUCACCAAGGCCCAUUUCGAGGAGGCCAUGAAGGAUGCCCGACGAUCUGUCACUGACACUGAGAUCCGACGUUACGAGGCUUUCGCACAAAGCAUGAAGAACACCGGCAGCAACUUCUUCAAGUUCCCAUCUGACGGAGCUGGUGCGGCCGAAACUGGAUUCGGUGAUGCUGGAAACGACGACAGCCUUUAUGAUUAA